AACAUGCUGUCGUGGAUGAUCAGCCGCAAGCGGGAGCUCGACCUGCAGGAGCAGGCCAUGCGCCGCGAGCAGGAGGCCAACGCCCUCGAGUACGAAAUGAAGAGGCGGGCACUGCAGCGGGACCUGCAGGACCGGAGGAGGUUGGCCGCUGCUCGGGGUACCGUGCUCUGCAUCGUGGGCUGCGGUCUGGCGCUCGGGGCGCUGGGCGUCGCGCUCACCACCGUCGGCGUUCUGCUUAGAGGGGGACCGUGGAAGGCUCCCUGCAUUGUGGCUGGACCGACGUGCAUCGUCAUGGGAUUCCUCGUGCUCCUGCUUUCGGUCGAGACCAUCAUCAAGUGCCGGCGCGCCCAGCGGUUCCAGCAGUCCGACUCCAAGGAGACCCUCCUGGAGCGGGCCCUGCACAAGGCCACGGGAAAGACGACCACGAAAGACACUAACGUGGACGACGCGACGCCUAGCAAGUCCGGGAGGGUCGCCCCAGGCACCAGUGGUAGCGGCGGUGCCUGCGCAGCGGGUGCCUGUGCGGGCACGGGAGCUAACACCUUACUCCUGGACCCCCAACGACUGGUCGAGCCCUUACAAGUUGAAGAGGGAGCCGCGGACACCUAGCCCAGGGCACCGUAUGGCUGAUGACGAUUCAUAGUGCUCCGUGGAGUUCGUGCCGCCGGAGUGCGUGUCUGAGAUCGUUUUCAAAACACUGCACGCCUGAGCCUGGCCAGCCAUGAGCCUCAGAGACAGCCAACCACCUGCUGCUGUUCCAACAUCUCAGAGACUUGUAGGGGUGUUCUGCGGAUGGCCUAGGAGGCGGUUCUCGAGCGGAGGUCUACAUGUGAAACUGCGGAUGACGAUUAGCGUGCCGUGGUUUCUCAAUACUAUGAAACUUGACGAAAUCCGUUUCGAAGUGCACAAGGUACUACUUGAGGCACCGGUAGCCGCUUGCCUGUUAAGACAUCCCGUUGAAGGCGUCCAGACGUCCUUGUGGAGGUCUUGAACUUCGUCGUGAGUGUCGUUCUCCCUGCCAAUUGGCGACGGUUUUCUUGCUGCCUUACGGCUCUAGCCCUCACGGAUAGCGAAUUCGUCCGAGACGUCCCCUCGAAGGCAUAUGUGCACAGUGAGGACGCGCCUUCGAAUGUGGCCCUACGUCAUGGGCAAAAUACCACUCAACUAUACCGGCUCCGUGCCUUCCUUACUGGCGGAAAAGUUCUACUGGACUUUUUUUUUAAAGAAGCCAGCUGUCAUUCGGAUUACCACUUAGCCGUCUACGUCUGUGAGUGUUAUACGUUGUGAAGAGCGGUAAUCCCAUCCCAGUUUAGCAGUGCAGUGAGCGUGGUAGUGCCGCUGUGAGCGAAACUGCGAAAGCGCUCCUCUACGUCACCCAUCUUCGCCACGUUUUUUAAAUGUGAAAACGACGACAUCCCAAGUCAGCACACCUGGUACGGAAAAUAUGUGGGUGAUAUCACUAUCCG